AUGGAAACGCCUACUAAACGACCUCUUCUCAAAACCAUCUCCAGCAACUCCUUCCGCCUCCGUUCCCCCAGUCUCAAUUCCGUACGCCUCCGCCGUAUCUUCGAUCUAUACGACACCAAUCACGACUCCUUCAUCACCAUCGACGAGAUCAGUCGCGCCUUGACGCUCCUCGGCCUCGACGCCGACAAGUCCGAUUUAGAUUCCAUGAUCAAAUCAUACAUCCAUCCGGGCAACGCCGGCCUCACAUACAACGACUUCGUGAGCUUGCACAGCUCCAUAAACGACUUGUUGUUCGGCCUUGAGGAUGUACAAAAACCGGUGGCCACCAAGGAGGAGCAAGAGGAGUCGGAUCUAAAGGAGGCUUUUAAGGUAUUUGACGAAAAUGGAGAUGGAUUUAUAUCGGCGAAGGAAUUACAGAUGGUGCUUGGGAAGCUAGGGUUUACGGAGGCUACUGAGAUGGAGAGAGUGAAGAUGAUGAUCUCGUCGGUUGACCUCAACCACGAUGGCAAAGUUGACUUUUCCGAGUUCAGGGACAUGAUGAGGGUCCUUGAUCAAUAG